AUGGAGCGGGUGAGCGAGGCCGCCGCCUGCGGCCCCUCGGCCGGCUGCUACACGUACCAGGUGAGCCGGCACAGCGCCGACAUGCUGCACAGCCUCAACCAGCAGCGCAAGAACGGCGGCCGCUUCUGCGACGUGCUGCUGCGCGUGGGCGACGAGAGCUUCCCAGCACACCGCGCCGUGCUGGCCGCCUGCAGCGAGUACUUCGAGUCGGUGUUCAGCGCACAGCUGGGUGACGGGGCCGCCGGUGGUGGCACGGAGGCCGGGGCAGCAGAGGCGGCGGCGGCCGGUGGAGCAGCGGCGGCCAGCACUGGCGGCGGCGGGCGGGAGCUGGAGAUGCACACCAUCAGCUCCAAGGUCUUCGGCGACAUCCUGGACUUCGCCUACACAUCGCGCAUCGUGGUGCGGCUGGAGAGCUUCCCCGAGCUCAUGACGGCGGCAAAGUUCCUGCUGAUGCGUUCCGUGAUCGACAUCUGCCAGGAGGUCAUCAAGCAGUCCAACGUGCAGAUCCUCGUGCCUCCCACACGCCCUGACAUCAUGCUGUUCCGCCCAGGCGCCACCGACCUUGGCUUCCCGCUCGACAUGACCAAUGGCGCCAGUUUGGCGCCCAACGGCAACGGCAUUGCUGGAAUGCCCGAAGAUGAGGCCACGCGGGCUGCGCUCUCCGCCGCACAGUCCUCCCUGCCCGUUCUCCAGGGUGUCGACCGCUUGCCCAUGGUGGCAGGACCCCUGUCCCCACCGCUGCUGGCCUCGCCCUUCCAGAAUGUCGCUGCCAACACCCCCGCUUUGAGCACCAAGAGGGGCAGAGGACGUCCUCGUAAGGCCAAUCUCUUGGACUCCAUGAUGUUUGGUACCCCGGGGGGCCUGCGAGAGGCAGGUAUCCUGCCUUGCGGCCUCUGUGGGAAAGUGUUUACAGAUGCUAAUCGUCUUCGUCAGCACGAGGCUCAGCAUGGGGUGACAAGCUUGCAGCUGGGCUACAUAGACAUCCCGCCCCCGAGACUGGGUGAGAAUGGUGUCCCUGGUCAGGAUGACCCAGAUGCACCCCGAAAAAGAAGCAGGACAAGGAAACAGGUGGCCUGUGAGAUCUGUGGCAAGAUUUUUCGGGACGUGUACCACCUGAAUCGGCACAAGCUGUCGCACUCUGGUGAGAAGCCAUACUCUUGUCCCGUGUGUGGGUUACGGUUCAAGCGGAAAGACAGGAUGUCCUACCACGUUCGAUCCCAUGAUGGCUCAGUGGGAAAGCCCUACAUCUGUCAGAGCUGUGGAAAAGGCUUCUCCAGGCCAGACCACUUGAAUGGACACAUCAAACAGGUGCAUACCUCAGAGAGACCUCACAAGUGUCAGCAGGAAAAUGGCAGCCACCAUGGAAUAAGCUCAGAGACAUCCACAACCAUAGAAAAGUUGAAACUUCAAGAGACCUGUAACGCUUCCUUUGCCACUCGUGACCGACUGCGCUCACACCUAGCAUGUCAUGAAGACAAAGUUCCCUGCCAGGUGUGCGGGAAGUACUUGAGGGCAGCAUAUAUGGCAGAUCAUUUGAAGAAACAUAGUGAAGGACCAAGCAAUUUCUGCACUAUCUGUAACAGAGGUUUCUCCUCUGCCUCCUACUUAAAGGUCCAUGUUAAAACCCACCACGGUGUUCCCCUUCCCCAGGUCUCCAGGCACCAGGAGUCCAUCCCGAAUGGGGGAGCAGCGUUCCACUGCGUCAGGACCUAUGGCAUCAAAGAAGGCCAGAAAUGUUCACAUUCGGACCCGAUUGAGAGUUCUGAUUCAUACGGAGACCUCUCUGACACCAGUGACCUCAAGACUCCCGAGAAGCAGAGCACCAACGGGUCCUUCUCCUGUGACAUGGCAGCCAGCAAAAACAAAAUGGAGACGGAGGGAGAGAAGAAGUACCCUUGCCCCGAAUGUGGCAGCUUUUUCAGAUCAAAGUCUUAUCUGAACAAACAUAUACAGAAAGUUCACGUCAGGGCCCUUGGUGGCCCACUGGGGGACCUUGGUCCUGCUCUGGGAUCCCCCUUUUCACCCCAACAGAACAUGUCUCUCCUGGAGUCCUUUGGGUUUCAGAUCGUCCAGUCUGCAUUUGCAUCAUCCCUAGUGGAUCCAGAGGUCGACCAGCAACCAAUGGGGCCAGAGGGGAAAUGAGAUCAGCUUGACCUUAACAGAGCAAAGCAGCAAUCUGGCUAUAAUGAUAAGAUGCUGUGAAUGAAAGAGAAAAUAAUGAAAUUUUGUUCUAUAGCUGAGAAUUUUUUAUUCAUUUUAGCUUCCCUCUUUGUCUCAUGCCCCACCCCACCUUGAAACCUUCACUGAUGAGAGGGAGAAGAGGCUUCUUAGCUGAUGAAUUACAAAGGAUUGUGACCUUGAAUAGGAGACGUGGUAUAAGACAUCAAGUAGAGCUUCUGAGGGGCCUGUCGGUGUUCCAUCAUGAUCUUCUAGAGUAAACAAAGUUGUCAGCAAUGAUCUGAAAAUUAGAGACAGUCCUAGUGACCUGGACACCUGGGGAGCUACAGUUUAUGCGUUUGUUCUCUCUCUAUUCCCCACCUUCCCUAACCUACCCGAGAAAAACACAGUAAGUUUUAAAAAUAGACCCAUUAUUGACUGAAUAAAACAUUAAGGGAAAAAAAAGCCCCAUGGUACCUAGCAGGUUACAAUGCAGUUGUCCUUUUAUAAACAGAAAGAUUUUAAGAAGGUGAGAGAAUUUGAACCCCCUUCUGCCUUUUGUGAGGCUGUGAGUGCAACAGCAGGACUGAACUGCUGAGGAAAAAUCACCAUUCAGAACAGGUUGGUUUUGUUACUUUUAACCAUUAAACUUGCUGUCAGUUUUUUAAUUCUCUAUUAUUAUUAUUAUUUUAGGACCUGUUGUAGUGAAUUGCUACUGAAAAGCCGGUCUAAGGCGAUAUACAGAGCACUCUUAAAGCAGCAGUCACAUUAGGGUUAGUAUUAAUUUUUUUUUAGAUGUAUCAUAAUUAAUAACUUGGCUAGUUGAUUGUUUUAAGUCUAUGGAAGAAAUAGUUUUAUGCAAAAAAAGAAAAAGUAAGCAAGAAAAAAAUACCAUUGCAGUCUGCUUGACUGGUGCUCCUUUUUCAUGUGGGGACCUAGAGUAUAAACAUGAUGAGCUAUUGGGUAAACUCUAUGUACCACUGACUUGUUUAGUGUGAAUAAACC